GCGGAGCGAGGGCGGGCGGGCACGGCGCGGCUCCGGCGGCGAGGGGCAGCCCCCGGCCCGCCAUGGAGAGCGGCAUGCCGCUGUCGGGCGGGCAGCGAGCGCUGAUCCGGGAGAGCUGGCGGCGGGUGAGCGGCAGCCCCGUGCAGCACGGCCUCGUCCUCUUCACCAGGCUGUUUGACUUGGAUCCUGACCUGCUGCCCCUUUUCCAGUACAACUGCAAGCAGUUUGCCAGCCCUCAGGAAUGCCUGUCUGCCCCUGAGUUCCUGGAUCACAUCAGGAAGGUGAUGCUGGUGAUUGAUGCUGCUGUGAGCCACCUGGAGAACUUGUCCUGCCUGGAAGAGUAUCUCUGCAACCUCGGCAAGAAGCACCAGGCACUUGGUGUGAAGGCUGAGUCUUUCUCGACUGUCGGCGAGUCCCUGCUGUACAUGCUGGAGAAAUGCCUUGGUGCUGCCUUCAGCCCAGAGGUGCAGGAAGCUUGGAGCAAACUCUACAAUGCUGUGGUGAAAGCCAUGCAACGUGGCUGGGAGACCCUCCCAGAAGGGGACUAGAUCCUGCCAGCCAUCCCUCUCCCUGACCAUGCAGCAGUCCUGAGCACGGGGCGUGUCAGGCCACACUCGCUGCCUCUCCCACCUCUGUCUUUGUGUGUGCACCAGCCCAUGGCUGCCUCUGCCACUCACACGUGCUGCGGGGCUCUCACAUGGUUCCAUCCUGCUUCAACACGAGCGUGUCUCUGCCUUUGCUAAGGGCUGGCAGGGCAUGUCCCUGCAGCAAAGCCUGGCAGUGCCACAGCACAGGUAUGCCACCCUGCCCCAAGGAACACCAACACCCAGGUUUUAAAACACCUCCUCUGGGAUUGAGCUUGCUCAUCUUCCCUCCUCUUGCUACCCACCCUAGGCAGGUGACAGCUGGCAUAGGCCUUUUGAGCUUAUUUGCCCAAAAUCCUAUUUGCUGUGCUUUACCUGCCAGGUCUGACACUGCUCAGUCCUCCUGUGCUGCUGUACCUGGUUCAGCUGUGGCAGUGACAGAUUUGGCUCCAUCCAGGUCAAAAGGCAGCAAGAGAGCGAGGCUGGUCACACCACGUGGCUGUCCUCAAACCUUGCUGAGAUUUUUCUCCCUCUCCCCUCAUCAAUAUAUGACUACCAGAUGGUUAAUCCUGGUGCUUUUUUCUGCCUUGCCUCUGACCUGGAUGGGAUCCCUGGCUUUUCCCUGUGUCAGGUUGGCCACAACCCAGUAGGUUUCCUAGGGAUGUUUCAGGCAAUGGUGUCACAUUAAUCCCAAGGUGAGACUACUUUUGGCAGGGUUGGGCUGCCAGCUGAAAGGCUUUGUGUUGAUUUGGCCAGCUGGUUUAACCUUAGAGCCAUCUGAAAUGCAGCAGCAACAGCAGCAGUAGCAAUGUCUGUUUACUGCUUUCUGUUAAGGAAAAUAAAACAAAUCCAAGGAAAAGAUGUCUUAAAAAUGAAGGUUGCAAUCGUUUCAUAGCAACAGCUUCCAGAAAUUCUGGCUCUUGGCCAGAGGAAGCAUAGCUGGAAUCCUUCUGCUGAUGCUGUCAGAAUCUGGAGCGCUUCCCAGCUGCUCACAGUGCCCAUCUGCAGAGAUCCUCACCCUCACAGGAAUGAGGAGAUAGCAUCUGCUAGAAGAAAUCCCAGAAAACUGCUGAGGCAGCACCUGAGGGGUCUGUGAAGGAGCUGAACUUGAGUGCUUUGAGGAAGAGUUUAUCUUUGUGGGGAAGUCACCGUGGAACAAGCAGAACAAUGUUUCUUGCCACCAUUAGCCCCAGAGAAGGACAUGGAGCAAUUAUUCAGUUUCAGGCAGCACCCUUUUUUUUGCUGCUUCUUCAAGACAGGAGGAGCUUAGUGCUGAGGUCUGAGAUGGUCCUGUUCUGAAGACACAUUGCUCCUAUUCUCAGAUGUCCUCCACUCUGGGGCAGGAGAAGGCUGCCUGCUCAAUGGAACGGAGGUCUCCUCGGCCCGUGCCAUGCAGGGGAUGAUGGGUGCCCUGUAAGACGGGUCUCUAGUGCCCUGCCACCAGGCCUGAUGGUAGCCAUGGGCUACCACCACAAAGCCCUCCACUGUGUUUGGGAGGGCAGCUAUUAGGUGUUGUGAAACAGGCAGUGAACAUCCCCAGGUCCCUUGUCCUCCCCACGGUGCCAUGUUCUGCCUCUGCAGCCCUGCAGUGUGGUGGUGUCCAUCCUGGCCCACGGCUCUCUCCAUCAGCUGGCUCAGGUGGAGUCCUCCCCAUUCCUGCACCCAGCAGUGAGGGCUGCAGGAGCUGGGGCUGGGGUGAGACACCAGCUUUGAUGGCAAGGUAUGGGGCACGAGGGUUUGGAAAUGGGGAUGUCCUCUUUGCAACCCUGUUAUGGGGCAUCAGCCUUCAGCAUCGUGGGACAUCUGCUGGCUCCAUGUGACAAGUAGGCAGCUGUGUGAUGGGUGGGCUGUGGGUGUUACUGCCCAAACCACCCCUGCUCCCUCUAGCUUUUCCAGCUCCUUGACUCCUGCUCUUCUGUGCCACAUUUUAUGUAACUCCCAAGAGAACUGGUCUGUGUGCCUCUUAUACCCAGCUGUACUGUUUAUUAAAAAAUAACAGUGAGUCUUU